AUGGUUGUGGAAGACAAGGUCGGCCCAAGAACAGAAGGUGCGGAUCCCGACCGUUUCUUUCCGUAUACCUCUGGUCGGUGGAUUCACGACGAAAGACACCAGCUUUCUCUUCGUUACCGUCGUUUCAACAUAGAUGCCUUGAAAGAGGUGGUGGCGCGCGCAGGAGGUGGAAAGACCAUUCUCGAGAUGGACAAGUUAGCAGAGGGGGCGUAUAAUAAGAUCUUCCAGUGUAAGCUUGACAAUGGUCUCGAACUCAUCGCGCGCAUUCCGACGAUCCUCGCUGGGCCCGGUCGUCUCGUCACCGCGAGCGAGGUCGCCACCAUCGACUUUGUUCGCUCCCAGCUUGGAGUACCUGUCCCUCGUGUCCUCGCAUGGUGUGCAGACGCAUCGAUCACACCGGUCGAGACAGAGUACAUCGUGAUGGAAAAGGCGGCUGGGAUAGAACUCGGCAAGGUUUGGGACAAGAUGUGCUCGGACACGAAGGAUGCUGUCGUCCGAGAGUGGGUAGAUAUUGAGGCACGGCUGCUGGCUCCCAUCUCAGGGGGUUAUGGCAGCGUUUUCUACCGCGGUGACAUCGAUCAGGCGGUUUCUCGCGAUAUAAUGGUGGACGGCACUCGGCAAGAUCGUUUCGUCCUAGGACCUAGCGUCUCCACGACAUUCUGGGAGGGAGAGAGACGGGACAUGGAUAUUGAUCGUGGACCCUGGAAAAAUGCGCUAUCGAGUCUUAAGGCCGAAUCCCUUCGUGAGCGUUCUUGGAUAGAAAAGUAUGCGAUCCCCAAUCCAAACCCCGGCCCUUUCGAUCCACCUGUGAACAUCCAGCACCCUCCGUCACACCUCUCCCUGCUCACACGGUACGAAUCCGUACUUCCUUACCUCCGUCCUCCAGCCCGUGGCGUGGUGCGCCCAACUCUGUGGCACACCGAUCUACAUUUUGGCAACAUCUUCGUCUUACCGGAGGACUUAGCCAACGGAAAGGUCACGAUCACGGCUGUCAUAGAUUGGCAGCAUACCUCCCUGCGACCUCUAUAUCUGCAGGCUCGUACCCCUCGCUUCAUUCGUUACCACCCACCUCCAGAAACAUUUGACCAGCAGGAAACGGCACUUCACAAUGAGCUGACGAAUCGACAUAAACUGUACGCGGCGACCUGCGCCUCACGAAGUCCAGACUAUUAUCGCGCGCGCUCUUUCCAUACUAGGGACCUCAUCAUACCACCGAUCCAGUUCGCCGGUCGUAUUUGGUCUGGGGGCUUUGUGCCUCUCCGGGAGUCCCUUAUUCGGAUUGUGGAUCGAUGGGACGCGUUGGGGCACGCCGGUCUGGCGUGUCCAAUCGAGUUCUCGGCAGCCGAAAGGGAGAUGCAUGCUGUGGAUGCUGCUGAGUGGCAAGAGACCGAGGAUGUGCGUGUGUUGAUGCAGGAGCGCAUAGGUGUUCAAGAGGACGGCUGGGUGUCGGUCGAGGAGUACGAUGAUGCGGUGGCGCGGAAUGAGGAAUGCAAGAGAGAGUUCAUGGAAAGUAUGCCACCCGGUGAGGAAAGGGACGAUUUCAUGCGUGUGUGA